UUCUCGUCUUUUCUUCUGUAUCCUAUACUCCCAAACUAGCCAUUUGUGAAGAAGGAUGACGAGCAUGACUUUUACGUCUUUGUAAAAUCAUUUUUUCUGGGUGUGGAUAUGGAGCUGGAGCUGGACUCUUUCCUUGAAUCACACGGACUCGGAAAUGGCACGGAUGAUGGUGACUCCGACGAGUACCUAAGUCCCUCCUCCUCUGUUCCUCAUCAUCAUCGUACAGUCGACGAAAUUCUCCUCCUCAACGAUUCUUCUUCUUCAUCCUCAUCUUCGGCGGCAGGUUCACCCUCUCCCCCUUCUUCUCCAUCUACUUCUGCUGCUACUGCUCUUUCCUCUCGGCGGCUGCAUCGAUUAGAUCAUCAACAAGAACCUUCUCUAGUAACAACUAAUGAUCCUAACUUUAGUGAGAGUAAUAAUUCUAGCACCAUUUCUUCUUCCAAUAGCACAAUUAUCUAUGAUGAUAAUAACAGCAGUAGUAAUAAUCACAACAACAACAACGAUCUUGUUGCUGCUUUGUCUGCAAUAACCCCCAGCAUAAAAGGGCUAUCUCUUGCGCAUUCCUUGGAUUCCAAUAGCAACCACCACUUGAAUACUACUUCCAUAAUUUCUUCUUCUAGGACUAGUAGGAAUCUUACUGCUAGCAUUAACAGUAGCAAUAAUAAUAGGAUAAAUUUGGCUGAAUUUGCUUCUUCGCGGUCGGUUAUUCUGCCUUCGCUAUUUGCUGCCGUCAAAUCCAAUGUCAAGCCCGGUGCCGCCCUUGCCGCUGCGGCCGCCGCGUCUCGUUCUUUUCCAACUCCCCACGCCGCUGCCAUUAAGUCCUCCAGAACCUCUUCCAGUGCUGUGGCUCUUUGCUCCAUUGCUAUUGCGGAAAACGACUCCAUAUCCACCACGCCGCCGCCUCCGCCACCACCACCUCCUCCUCCUCCUGCUAUUGCUACUGCCGCUCAUUCAGAGCUUGCUUCCUGGGUUCCCAACGAGGUUGAUGGCGAAGUUUAUGAUGAAUGCGAUAGCCUUCCAUCUACUGCUGGAGGAGCUGGACUAGGUUUGAGCGUGAGAGAGGCUGAUGAUGAAGUGGACAGCUGCAGGCAUUUCUCUAGGGUUCAGGACGAGAAUUUGACGGCCAAGGAUGCUGGAAUACUGCCCACCAAUCAGACUCCCAAUCUAGAGGCUGCAACUUCUUUUCUUGUAUCAAAUGUUGAUAAACAAAGAAUUGAUGACUCAUCUGGGGCUAUGCUUUUAUCCAUUUCUUCUUCUGCUGCAACUGAGUUCCAUUUACCUGCCAAAGCUGAAGAAAAACAUUUGGAUGCAAACAGGAAUCCCACGUCUAGUGAAGUUGCCAUUCAAGCACAAUCUUCAUCAGUGGUGGAGGAUGAGAAUAAUGAGGAUUCUCGAAUUAAUUCUACAAACAGAGUCAUCCACAAGGAUAUUGCUUCUAUUGUUGCUGAUCCAGAUGAAGGAGAAUGUUUUGAGCAGGAGAUUACUGCUAAGACAGAUGAAAUGCAUGGUCAGGAGAAUGUAAUAUCACAAUCUAAAGAUGAGGUUUUGAGUCUCGGAGGACAUGAGACCAAUUCCGAUGACGAUGUUGCAGAUAUUGUACAAGAUGUUGCUUUGCAAUGGAAAAGCAACAAGGGUAGAAGAAAGACACGUAAUAAAUCACUCCAUCCUUGCUUGACACCGCUUGAAUUGGCUGAAGAGCUUGAGAAGAAACAAGCAUUUACAGGCAUGUACUGGGAGGAAGGUGCUGCUGCCCAACCCAUGAGGCUUGAGGGUGUUAGGAGGGGAUCAACUGUGUUGGGUUACUUUGAUGUUGAUUCAAACAAUGCCAUUACUCGGGCCAUCUCCUUGCAAGCCUUCAAACAGGAACAUGGAUUUCCAUCAGUUCUUUCAGUUCAUCUCAAUUACAUUGCUAUAGGGAUGUCUAAAGGAGUCAUUCUUGUCUUCCCAAGCAAAUACUCUCCUUACCAUUCCGACAACAUGGACUCAAAGAUGUUGAUGCUUGGAUUACAAGGGGAAAGAUCUUAUGUUCCUGUGACUUCCAUGUGCUUCAACCAGCAGGGAGAUUUGCUCUUUGCCGGUUAUGGGGAUGGCCAUUUUUCUGUUUGGGAUGUGCAAAGGGCAUCAGCACUUAAAGUUAUAAAUGAGCAUAAAGCUCCAGUAGUGCAUAUGUUAUAUCUGGGGCAGGAUUCUCAAGCUAGUCGCCAGUUCAAUGUAGUUAGUGGGGAUAGCAAAGGUGUUGUUAAGUUGAUUCGUUUUUCUGUGGUUCCUUGGGUUAACCGGAUCUCCUAUUCCAAAGCAACCAAACUUCUCGAUGAAACAACUAGCAUGGUAAUUUGUGCAUCUCCGCUGCUUUCAACUGAAUUCCUUGGAGGCUUGUCUAUGUCUUCCCAAGUGAGCAGCUCAGUUACAACAAGUGCUAUUGGAAGCAUGAUGGGUGGAGUCAUUGGAGGAGAUUCUGGCUGGAAAUCCACUUCUUUGGUUGAAAAUGGUGUGGUGAUAUUUGUCACUCAUCAAUCCGCUCUGGUGGCAAAAGUAAGUCCGACAGUGGAAGUGUAUGCUCAAAUUCCUAAGCCUGAUGGUGUUGGGGAUCGUUCAAUGCCUUAUGCUGCUUGGAGAUGCAUGUCUGAUUUGCUCGGUUCUUCAACUGAAACUGUACCUGCUGAAACAUUAGAAAAAUGUUCCUGGCUUGCAAUUGCUUGGGAUCGAAAAGUUCAGGUGGCUAAGUUGGUGAAGUCAGAAUUAAAAGUAUAUGCAAAAUGGACUCUGGAUUGUCCGGCAGUGGGUGUGGCUUGGUUAGAUGAUCAGAUGCUGGUAGUUCUCACAUCAAUAGGACGACUUGUGAUGUUCACAAAAGAAGGAAAUAUGAUUCAUGACACAAGCUUUGCUGUCAAUGGAACAGGAGGAGAUGAUAUGAUUACAUAUCAUACCUACUUUAACAAUAUUCAUGGGAAUCCUGAGAAAGCUCAUCAUAACUGUGUAGCUGUAAGGGGCGCCAGCAUAUAUAUCCUCGGAACCUCCCAUCUUGUUGUUUCCCGUCUUCUCCCCUGGAAGGAACGUAUAGAAGUUUUGCACAGAGCAGGUGACUGGAUGGGGGCAUUGAACAUGGCUAUGACAAUUUAUGAUGGCCAAGCUCAUGGAGUUAUUGAUCUUCCAAGAACUUUAGAUGAUGUACAGAAGACAAUUAUGCCAUACCUAGCAGAGCUUCUUUUGUCCUACGUAGAUGAGGUGUUUUCGUAUAUAAAAGUUGCAUCUGGGAACCAAGUGGGGAAUUCAGACCAAUUGGAUGAGUCAAAGAGUAGCAGUGACUCUGAUAAUCCUGAAAUAGAAGAGCAGUAUAUCCGUGUUGGUGGUGUUGCUGUUGAGUUUUGCGUACAUAUCAAGAGAACUGAUAUCCUGUUCGAUGAAAUCUAUGCCAAAUUUUGUGCAGCUAAACAUAAAGAAACGUUUGUGGAGCUUUUGGAGCCUUACAUAUUGAAAGACAUGCUGGGAUGUCUGCCACCUGCGAUUAUGCAAGCUUUAGUUGAGCAUUAUAGUAUGAAAGGUUGGCUGCAGCGAGUUGAACAAUGUGUUCUCCACAUGGAUAUUUCAUCAUUGGAUUUCAACCAGGUUGUACGUCUGUGCAGGGAGCACAGGUUGCAUGGUGCAUUGAUAUAUUUGUUUAACAAAGGUCUAGAUGAUUUCAGGACUCCUUUGGAGGAGCUCUUGGUUGUCUUACAACAAUGCGAGAGGGAAAAUGCUUCAGUCCUUGGGUACAGGAUACUUGUUUACCUGAAAUACUGCUUCCAUGGCUUUGCUUUUCCUCCAGGACAUGGGACACUUUCUCCUACACGGCUAUUAUCUAUAAGAAAAGACAUUCUGGCAUUUCUAUUAGAGGAUUCUAGUAUCCCAAAUCCACAGGCACUUACAAACUCGAUGUCUGAUAAGCCAUUCCCAAAUCUGUGUCACCUGUUAGAUUUGGAUACUGAAGCCACUUUAGAUGUUUUGAAUUGUGCAUUUUUAGAGGAACAAAAUCUAGCAUUUAACAAUCUCUGUCACGACUUGACCAGUUCAAAUGUGGGAGUGAAGGACUUGGGGGAUGAAAGUCAAAAUUUGGUCCAGAAAUUAGUAGAUGUUCUGUCUCUUAUCCUUGAAGCAAGCUACUUCCAAAGGGGCUGUUCUACUAGCAGUGACGAUGGUAGUUCAUUGGAGACUUGGCCUUCAAAGAAAGAUGCAGGCCACAUAAUUGAGUUUGUUACUUAUUAUGUUGCCUGUGAAAGAGCGAAGGUGUCUAGAGAUAUUUUAAGUCAAAUUUUGGAGUAUUUGACAUCAGAAACUAGCUUUUCACCUAGUGUCUCUAGGCAGAAUAUUGAGAUCCACAAAAGAAGAGAGAAGCAAUUGCUUACACUUUUAGAGGUUGUACCUGACACAGAGUGGGAUGCUCCAUACCUGUUGCAUUUGUGUGAAAGAUGUCAGUUUCACCAGGUCUGCGGCUUAAUUCAUUCAAACAGAUGUCAGUAUGUUGCUGCAUUGGAUAGUUAUAUAAAAGCUGUAGAUGAAUCCAUUCAUGCUCUUUCUUUUAUCCAUGAUAUGUUGCGGCGACUGAGUGAGACUGAUUCAGAAGCCUUCCAAGCAGCAGUCUUUUCAAGGAUUGGUGAUCUGGUCAAAUUAGACAGAGAAGGAACUUUCUUUCUGGUGGUUGUCCAUUUCCAUGGACAAAGUCAGGAAAUUUUGUUUUCUCAGUUACACUCUCACCCAGAGAGCCUUUUUCUUUAUUUGAAGACACUUGUUGAGGUUCACACAACUGGAAAUCUCAAAUUUUCUUGCUUAAGAAAAGAUGGUAGUUUACAUUUUCCGAGUGGAAGGAUGGCAAAGCAUCAGUCAGAUAGAAUUAAGACGUUCCUUGAAGAAUUGAAUGAUUUCCCAAAAUUGCUCCGCACUAAGCCAAUUCAGCUGACAGAUGAAGUGACAGAACAGUAUCUUGAGCUGUUGUGUCGCUAUGAGCGGGAAUCAGUUCGAAAGUUCUUGGAGACCUUUGAAAGCUAUAGAGUAGAGAACUGUUUACGCCUCUGUCAGGAAUAUGGAAUUGUAGAUGCAGCUUCCUUCUUGCUGGAAAGGGUUGGUGAUGUUGGAAGUGCUCUUAUGCUCAUUCUUUCUGGCCUCAAUGAAAAAUUUAUUGUGCUUGAAGCUUCUAUUGGCCCAUCUGAUUCUCGUCCUAAGCACUUCAAUUCAAUUUUAAAGGAGGAGGAGGUCAAUGACAUACUUGACAUUCUGCACUCUUGUAUUGGACUAUGCCAACGGAACAGUCCGCGUUUGGAUCCUCAUGAGUCUGAGUACCUGUGGUUUCAGUUGCUUGACUCGUUUUGUUUGCCUCUAAUGGAUUCAUGUAGCAGCAAAACAAGAUCUAUACAUCAGCAAGACAUGGAAGUUCUAGAAGUUAAGCAAGAUCAUGAAGAUGACUGCAUAAUAAAAUGGAAGAUCUCAAAGUCUCACAAAAAUGCAUACAUUUUGAAGAAACUGCUCUCUUUAUUUAUUAGAGAGAUAGUCGAAGGAAUGAUUGGGUAUGUUCACCUCCCAACAAUCAUGUUGAAGCUUCUUUCAGAUAAUGGCAGCCAGGAAUUUGGUGACUUUAAACCUACCAUAUUGGGCAUGCUUGGAACAUAUGAUUUUGAAAGAAGAAUUCUGGACACUGCCAAAUCCUUGAUUGAGGACGAUACCUACUACACCAUGAGCUUACUUAAGAAGGGUGCUUCCCAUGGUUUUGCCCCUCGGGGACUAACAUGUUGUGUAUGCAAUGGACUCCUUACAAAAAGAUCCCACAGCUCCAGCAUCCAAGUUUUCAGUUGUGGCCAUGCAAUGCAUGUCCACUGUGUACUCCAGGAAAAUGAGACUUCAGUUUGGGGCUCAUCAGCUGGAUGUCCCAUUUGUGUGGCUGGGAAGAAAGCUCAGAGAUCAAGAAGCAAAUCUGUGGUUGUCGCGAAUGAGUUGGUGAGCAAAGCUUUAUCAAGAUCGCAUAAAGUACCCGGCACAAGUGUUCUUCAUGCACCAGAUAAUGAUGUGUCAGAGAAUUCCUAUGGUUCCCACCCAAUUUCUAGGUUUGAGCUCUUGAACAAUCUUCAUAAAGACCAGAGAUCAAGCCAAAUAGAGAAUAUGCCUCAGCUGAGGCUUGCUCCACCAGCUGUUUACCAUGAAAAGGUGAAGAAAGGAAAUGAUCUAAUGACUGAAGAAAGCAGCAGGGGAUCAGCUAGUGCAGAAAAAUCAAGGAGUAAGCAACUUGGAGACGUAAAAGUGAAAGGGUCGUCUGUUAGGUUUCCCCUGAGAUCCAAUAUUUUUGGCAAGUUACCAUUAAAAUCUUGAUCGUCGAUGUUCAGUUCUUGAUGUUCAAUUUUGAAGCUCCACAAAGUUGUCUGUAGGGAAAGAGGACGGGUAAGCGUUCAAUGUUUGUCAAUCCAGCACGUAAAUCCGGCAUUUAAUGAUCGAUCCAGCUUGAGAAAACCUUUUGCA